CGCCCAACACAAACAAAGAGGAGGUCCUUCAUCGCGGCUUCUGUUCGUUUCUGGAAGAAGACGCGCUGAGUAAAGGCAGGAUUUCCCUCGAAAGAAGAACACGAUUUCAUCCAGCAGAGGAGAUGACCGGGGCUCAAGGUGGAGACGCAGCCGGGGCUCGAUGUGGAGAUGCUGCUGGGGCUUGAGAUGGAGAUGCUGCUGGGGCUCGAGAUGGAGAUGCUGCUGGGGCUCGAGAUGGAGAUGCUGCUGGGGCUCGAGGUGGAGAUGCUGCUGGGGCUCGAGGUGGAGAUGCUGCUGGGGCUCAAGGUGGAGACGCUGCCAGGCUUCGAUGUGGAGAUGCAGCCGGGGCUCAAGGUGGAGACGCAGCUGGGCUUCGAUGUGGAGACGCAGCCGGGGCUCAAGGUGGAGAUGCUGCCGGGCUUCGAUGUGGAGACGCAGCCGGGCUUCGAUGUAGAGAUGCUGCUGGGGCUCGAGGUGGAGAUGCUGCCGGGGCUCGAGGUGGAGAUGCUGCUGGGGCUCAAGGUGGAGACGCAGCUGGGCUUCGAUGUGGAGACGCAGCCGGGGCUCAAGGUGGAGAUGCUGCUGGGGCUCGAGAUGGAGAUGCUGCUGGGGCUCGAGAUGGAGAUCCUGCUGGGGCUCGAGGUGGAGAUGCUGCUGGGGCUCAAGCGCGCUAUAAUUGGGCCUGUCUGUCAAGAUGAGGAGGCCACGCCCUGUUUUGGAGUUCCCGUCCCCAUUUGGAGAUCUCCGGUCUGCAGUUAUAUCCACUUGGAUAUUUUGGCUGAAAACAAGACAAAAAAUCUAAGUAAGAAAAGCAUUUUUUGCAGUGUAACAAAGUAUAACAACAACAAUAAUUUGCACGGUUUGAUGUGAUAUGAGCUAAGUGAUCAUUAGAUUUAAUCACCAUUGGUAGAGCGAAGUAUUGUAAUGCUUUUCUUUUUUCAAUUGGUUAGAACAAAAUCGGCAGACAUGUUACUUGAUAUUUUCCAAUUCAGAUGAAAACUGUUAUUUAGGUAAAAUUCUUACUUCCAAGACAUAGAAUCUGUGAUUCCGAAGUACAGAGAAUAUCCACACCGGUGCGGUGGCUGACAGUCACACAUCAAAACAUGAGAUUCAUCCGCACUGAGCAGCCGUGCACACCCCACAUAAAGAUGAUAAUUCUGAAAAUAACUUGCAAUUGCAGGUUUCAAAUAGGGAUGGUGACAAAGAGGCAAAACUUACAGGCUGCAGCUUUAAAAAUCAUAAGAUGAGAUUUUCUCUGCAUGAGGGAAGUGAAUGAACAGCGCUCUCUUCCGUCCUCAACAACUGAGGUGAGACCCGAAUCCCAACUGCUCCGAGAGGGGUCUGGCUGCAGACCGUGGGCGAGUGGAGCUCCACUCUCCAACAGGAAAUACGUCAUCUCCACUUGAAUUAAUCAAGAUGGCGUCUUCUUUAAAUUUUAACUCAAAUAAUUUUAUUUUAUCAUCGCUACAAUGGCGAACUGACACUUUUCUAACAUGCAGUGCAAGCAGAACGCACAGGGCUUUCAUGAAAUUAUGCACAAAAGGAUGAAGAAACACGAUGGAAUAUUUUUAUCCUAUAAAGACUGUGGGGCUACCAGGGAAAUGGGCAACGGGGAGUGCUUUUGGGGUUUUACUCCUCAGAUGACCGCUCUGGCUACUGUAGCUGGGAUUGCUUUAUGGACGAUGGAGGUCUUGGUACAGAGUGAAGUGUGUGUGUGUGUGUGAGCGUGCGCAAUGUGUCUUUACUGUAACAAUCACCGUUACUUGCAGUUCAUGUGUUUUCAAUAUAGUGUAAGAUGUUUUCU